AUGGUGACGAUCAGAUCAAGGUUAGAGUUUAACCUCUCUAUCGUUUCUACGAUAAAAGAUAAUAUAUCAACACAACAAUUACUGGAGAGGCUAGCGCAAUUACAGGAGGAACUAUCGAGCUUGAAACAAGAAACAGUGGAACUCGGAACAGUACAUAAAUAUAAGUCGGAUCUCAUCCAUAAAAAGAUACUGAAAAAUAAGGACCAUGGUGUGAGAGCUUUCACUGCGUGCUGUCUUAGCGAUAUUUUACGAUUAUAUGCACCAGACGCACCUUACACAGACAAGGAGCUCACUGACAUUUUUCAGCUCUUUCUGGAACAGUUCAAACUCUUUCAAGAGCCUGAGAAUGGUUACAUUAUUCAACAAACAUAUCUGGCCACGAACUUGCUUGAAUACCGCUCGAUUGUCCUUUUGACUGAUUUGCCAAGCUCUACUCAGCUCGUCUCCGAACUGUUUGAAAUCUUCUACUCUCCUCAAAGCAAUGUCAUACAGGAAAAACUUUUCACGAUCAUAGGCGGCCUCUUGGGAGAAGUUAUUUCUGAAUGCGACUCAAUGCCCAUGUCAGCAUUAAAGCUGGUCUUCAACAAGUUUUUGUCUCACAAGCGCGAAAAAAGCUUGAAUGGCCUCAGUUACAAAAAAGAUCCCGGGUUUGAGUUUAGUUUGGCUAUUUGUCAAACAUAUUCAAACAGACUGGGACGACAUUUCAUCAAAUUUUACUCCGAAAUUAUGUAUGAGGCCUUAGAAGAUAAUGACGAUCAGAACAAAGGGAAGCUUUCUCCCGGAUACAAAACUCUCGUCAAACUCGGUAAUCUCACGUCCGAGCUUUGGAAAUACGCACCCGAUCUAGUAGGCUCUGUCACUGGAUUCAUUUAUCAAUUACUGUGCUCGGAAAAUGAGUUUUUUCGUGAAGCUGCUACGAAAUGUGUCAGUGCAAUGCUUGAAACAUCUUCGCUUAUUAACUUUGCUGUUGCACACUCUGAUACCUACAAAAUUUGGUUGAGCAAAAUGGCGGACAUCAGUUCACAAGUAAGAAUUACGUGGGUCAGAACUGUACCCCAAAUUCUAGGUGAUCACAGCGAUCUUGCAGGUGACAUUUCAAAGGGUUUGGCAAAAGCACUUAUAGACUCAGACCAUGCGGUACGUCUGUGCGCGGUUCAAGUUUUUCAAGAAGUUCCAGUUAAAAAACUCUGGGAAUGCAUAUCUAACUCUGCAGUAUUUUCUGGACUUUUGCAUCUUACCAGGGAAACCAGGUCAGAUAUUAGAGAUGAGUGCAUUGAAGCAGUGGCAAAGAUUUACGUCGAGUCUGUUGAGCAAAUACCAAAAACUAAUGAAAACAGGGAAGCUUGGAAGGUAGUAGACACAAUUCCAUCUGUCUUCUUUAACCUCUAUUACAUCAAUGAGCCGGAUAUCAAUAUGAAGGUAGACGUUCUUCUCUUCGACAAUCUCUUACCGCUAAUCUUAGGGCCAGAAGCUCUGAUUUCAAGGCUCUUAAACAUGAUGAAUAACUUUGACGAGAAAGCGUUUUCUUCGUUUUAUGCUUUCAACAAACGACAAGAGCAAAUGUCGGUAGUAGUCUCGAAAUUAAUCUCAUUUUGCGAGGGCACUUACUCUUCUGAUAUUUCUCUUGCUGAAUCUUCGAAUUUGAAACUCGAGAAGACUGUGGAAUGGCUUAAUCUGGGAUAUCCGCCACAAAGCAACGCCAGAGAAGUAUUGGCAGCAUUCAGAGAACUCAAUGACCGAAGAUUAUACCAUCUCAUAAAAACUGCUGUUACUGACACAUCGGACCAUAGCACUGUAAGGAAUGCCAUUACUGAACUUUUCAAAAGACUGGACGAUCCUGAGCUUUUCCGCAAGAAAAACGUCAAAAUUGAUUCUCGCUUCACGAGAGACAAUUUCAUGAUGGUCAUUAAGGUACUAAUUUACAGAGCUGCCCCAAUAGUUUUUAACGUCUCCAAUGUGUCUGUUCUACUAAGCAAUACGAAUUCACUCAGUACCCAUGAAACCUCCUUGAAGCGUCAAUUGAUCGAUAAUUUAUGUGUUAUUAAGCCUGGAAUCUUCAAGCAUCAAGCAAAAAGCUUAAUAGAGAUCAUCAUGAGAUUGGAUGAGAGCACAACGAACGCAACGGGAACAUUGACGCUGACCGAAGCUAUGAGAACGCUUUACAAAAUUUCAAAGUCAAACAUCCAUCAUCUGACAACUUCCGAACCUUUUUUCUUAGAUAAGUUGGAUGAUUACGCGAGAGAUGGUAGCAUCUUGGCUGCUAAAUAUGCAAUCAAGCUUUUAGGUCUACUGGCAGACGCUUCAGAUCACUUGUUAAAGAUAAAAAAUUCUGUUCUGCCACUCAAUACUCAUUCCAAAUACUUUGCGGCAAACGUUUCAGUAGUCUCUCAAAUCUUCAAAUUACAACCGCAUUUGCUUGAUGAUGACUCCACAGAGAUUGUCAGCUUACUCAUUAAAGACGUACUUUUAGCAAAUGAGGUGGUGGGUGACAAGGACGGGGAUCCUCUAUGGAUAUCAGAGAAUGAAAUUUGCAUGAACGAAGAGCGAAGUCCUCUGGCGUCAAAACUGUUCUCACUAAAAUUGUUCACAAACAAGCUUAAAUCAAUGGUGGAUGAUGUUCAACAUGACGAAAUGGCACGCGCUUUUACGGAGAGAAUUUUGAAGUUGUUUUUUUACCUCAUUGCCAGUGGAGGAGAACUCAUUUCAGAACAUAACAAAGAAAGCUACCCAACUCCGAGCAAUUAUCAAAACAAACUCAGGUGUUACGCAGGGUUGCAAAUUUUGAAACUAGCAAAGGUCGCCAACUUGAGUAGCUUUGUCAAGCCAGCUGACAUUGGGAGAUUGAUAAACUUAGUGGAGGACGAGUCUAUAGAGGUGAGGACGUUAUUCAUUGCGAACCUCAAGGACAAUGUGGGCAACGAGACGAUAUCUAUAAGAUAUCUUCCAUUGAUUUUUUUCACAGCUUACGAGCCUGAUCCAGCUCUAAAGACAAGUACUAAGAUGUGGAUAAGUCUAACCUUAAAAAAGGAAAACUUUAAGAAAGGUACUUUUUUCGAAAGGGCGUUGCCAAGAUUGAUUCACUCAAUUGCUCACCAUCCAGAUGUAGCAGAAGGAAUACAGACCGAUGGAGAGACAUUCUUGAGUAGUUUGACUACUGCAAUUGGCUACUUAGUCUUCUACUUUCAUUCGGUAGCAAAUGCGCAUAACUUGGCUUUAUUGUACUAUCUGGCGGGCAGGGUCAGGCAGUACAGAGAUACUAUAGCUCAGGAGGAAGAUGACGAAAGAGUCCAUGAAGAAGAAGAAAGACAAGCGGAAGGCACUAAUAUAAAAAACUCCGGGAUUUACAUUAUAUCCGAGUUGGCACAGCUUGUUCUCGGCCAGUUUAAAGAUCACAACGAAUGGGCUCUAUCAUCAUAUCCAGGAAAACUAAACCUGCCGUCAGAUUUGUUUGAGCCAUUUGAAACAAUUGAAGAUGCUCGAAAGAAUACUUUUGAAUCUUUUGUGAAAACUGAAGACAUCGAUAACCUCAAGAGAAUAACUGGAAUAAAGAUAGCUCGCAUCUAUAAGCGCGUCUCGACGCAUAAGCUACCAACUCAUAAAAGAUCCUUGACGGUGGAUAGUCCUCAACUGAAAAAAAGAUCGCAAGUUUCUUCGACUAAUGACCGGGGCGGUGAUGGGGAUGAAUAUCACGAUCAUACUUAUAUUGCAUCAACAUCUUCGAGACAAUCUUUGAAAGAGACGAGGAGAAGCUCAAGACAAAGGAAAACUGUCGAUUAUGUUGACAGUGAAAGUGAUGAAGAAUAG